AUGACAUCUCAAUUGCGAAAGCUCGUCUCCAAGAAAAAGAAACGGUUCGCACAAGAGGGCUUUGAUCUCGAUCUCAGCUACAUCACCGACAAUGUCAUUGCCAUGGGGUUUCCGUCCGACUCGGUCGGAGGCAUCUACAGAAACCCACGCAAGGAAGUUAUUCGAAUGCUGGACACCUAUCACGAGAACCAGUACAAGGUGUACAACUUGUGCUCGGAGCGGACAUACAAUCAUGCCAUCUUCUACGGCAGGGUCAGCGAUUUCCCCAUAGACGACCACAACGUUCCCACAAUGCCCAUGAUCCGCCAGUUCUGCGAAGACGCGGAACAAUGGCUACACCAAGACGAGGACAAUGUGAUCGCAGUCCACUGCAAAGCGGGCAAAGGCCGAACGGGGUUGAUGAUAUGCUGCUGGCUCAUACACUCACAGACUUGCGCCACCUCGCGCGAGGCCAUUGAGCUCUUCGGCAAGGAGCGAACGAAGGAUCGCAAGGGCGUAACGAUUCCCAGCCAGCGUCGCUAUAUUCGCUACUACGAACUUCUCUUGCAGCACCAGUUGGAUCCGCGGGACCUUCCGCCACCCGGCCAGAUCCCGGUGGUGUUUUUGACCGAAGUGCGGACUAACGUGAUUCCAACCUACGACAAAAGCGGAGCCAACAUGCGCAUUCUGCUGAGCGAUCGCUCGGGCAACGAACUUUAUUCCGAUAUAGCGAAAUAUAAGGUCGAGAACAAGAACCCUAGCGGCGGUCUCUACUUUGACUGUCGCAGCUGCCCGCUCAAGGGCGACGUGCGCUUGCUCAUCUUUCACAAGUCCACGACAAUUUUGCAACUGUGGUUCAACACCAUGUUCGUCACACGAACACAACUCACCUUUCGCAAGCAUGAACUCGACAAAGCCAACAAAGAUAAGACACACAUCCCGAACAACUUCACGCUGACAAUGGUCGUCACCCUCCCGAUCAAGAAUCCCUACUUUGCCGAUGUCCAGGAGGGCGAGGCCGACCUGAGUAGCGAUUCGAGCCAGCCCGCCACCGACGACGAUGACGAGGGCAGUGACAACGACGAAAACCACAACAACAACAACAACGCCGGCGAAGCUGACGAAGGCGAAGAACACGCGGACGACGCGGACGACAGGGAGCGAGACGCCGCGGCAGAGGCCUCCGGCAACAACCGUGGCCGUCGCGGCGGGAGCGGCAUCGGCAGCAUCGCUGGCGGCAGACCACCCAAAGCAGGCAAGAAGAAAGGCAAAAAGGAGGAAAAGAAAACGAAGAAGGAGAAGGAUGGUCAAGACGGUGGCAAGGAGAAGGAGGAGAAGAGGUCGAGGUCGCUGAUCAAGCGCUUCGGCCGGGAAUCCGAGAACAACGUGGCCACCAAGCCGCGCCUGGAGAAUGGCGACGCCGUGCCGCCGCCCAAGAAGUGGCGGCUGUCGCUCGUCGCGCCGACCAAGAUACCAAAGCCACGAAGGCGAAGUUCCAGCCUAGACGAGUCCGACUCCCUCAUGGCUCCCGAGCUGGGCGAGUUUGCGCCCGGCCAGCUGAUCGACGCCGGCAUCCUGCUGGGCGGCCUGCCCUACGCCUCCUCGGCCUCCGACUCGGCCGUGGUCAUGAAGGAGGACGGGCACAUCGAACACAGCAGCCACCAACACCACAUCAGCAACGGCCAUACCAAGAAGGAGAAGAAGAAUAAGGAGAAGGAGAAGAAGAUGAAGAACAACAACAACAAGCAUUCACCGAAGAAGAGGCCGCUGACGGCCAGCGCGUCGGACCUGCGACACAGCAGCGGAAGCGAUGUCAUCAGCGUCCACAGCGGCAGCGGCCACAUCGCGAUCGGCGUGCCCAUGAGCGCGCGCGACCCCGAGCCGAGCUCCCACGACAAAUCCACCACCAACCCGCGCAAGCACUCGAGCCCGGCCGCUGUCCGGAGGGACACGGGCGGGAGCAGCAGCCCUGCGCAGGGCAGCGUCGACCACCAAAAGACGCCGGAGCGCCGCGCGUCCGGCUUGGCGACGCUGCCGGCUCUCGUCGCGCCGGCGGGCUCCAGGCGCUCGCCCAAGGGCAGCGGCUCAGCGCGCGAGACGGGCGAUCACGUCGACACCAAUGGAGGCAGCGCCGGGCGGCGGGCAGGUGAGGCGGAGAACGAAUACGACGAGGUCGGCCGGGGGAAAGUGGAGGGGGAGGAAGUCGCCGGUCCGACCCUGGCGGAGCUCGAGGCCGAGGAGAUCGGCGGCGACGAGGACGCCAAGGAGAGGGAGUCGCCGGGCCGGCGGAAGGUCGGUCUGCAGGCCAACCUGCGUCGCCUGUCCGUGCGCCUUACCAACGUGCCAAACAUUUUCAGUAAAUCUGCGAGUGUCAAGCCGGUGCGGGAGAAAGAGGAAAGCUCUGUGGUCGGGGGCAGCGUGAUCCAUCUGAGCUCGAGCGGCACGCAUGGUACCCCGCAACAGCAGCAGGGCGGCAGCUGCAUCGUUAUCAGCAGUGGCGGCGGCGGCGCGGGUGGCGGCCGCGACAUGAUCAACGCCGCCGCCGCCGCGGCGGACUACGCUCAAGGCGACGAGAAGCCGCCCAAAAAGUCAAAGAGGAGCAGGCGCAAGUCGCGGCUCAGCGUCAACUUCGACAAUUUGAAGAAGCUCACAGGCCUAUCACACCCGGACCAAAUGGAGAAGAAGCCGAAGCAGCAAUUCUCGAAGCAUGCGCGGUUCGACGACCGACGACUCUCCACGUCGGCGCCCUCGCUCGUCUAUCCGCUGAUGACAACGGCCUCGUCGUCGUCGUCCCUGCCCGCCAUCGAACCCGCCGACCUCUCGAGUACGCCGAACAAACAUCUGUGCGCCAUCUACGGCGACGACUCGUAUGAGGACCUCGACCUGGACCUGGAUGCGCGGUCAGACGGCAGCAGCGGCAGUGGCAGCAGUAGCAUGGCCGACAAGGCCGCCGCCGCGUUCAAUCAGGCCGCGGCGGCCGCUGGCGAUUUCUCAUCGACGCCGACGACGUUGUCGUCGCUGUCGUCGUCGCCCUCGUCGUUCUUGUCCGCGUCGUCGUCGCUGACGCCGUCGUCAUCGUCGUCGUCGUCUUUCAUGAGCCCGCACCACCAUCAUCACUUGCAGCAGCACCAGCACCAUCAGCAGCAGCAGCAACUGCAGGCGCGAAGCAAGGUGUCGGAGAUCAUCGACAAGUGGAACGCGCAUGGACUCAAGUCGCGCGAGCACCACACGGAGGACGCGCUGGGCGUCAUGCGGCGCGGCCCGGGCGACCGGAGCGAGAUCGCCGUCCGGCGGUUCGCCGCGCAGGCCGCGCGUGGGUCCUACCCCGCGCAGGCCAACCAUAACUACCCGGGCCUCUACGGCGGCUCAUGCAACGACCUCUACACCCGAAGCGAUCCGCUGCUGCGGUCGGAUGACUACUACGACACGUCGGGGUAUUCGACGUCGCUGCCGUCCGACUCGGUGAUGGCGGGCAUGUCGAUGUCGACGUCGCCGUACUCGUCGGGGAUGGGGUCGCUCAGCUGCUCGGUGGAGGGCUCCCUCGGCGAGAGCGACGAAUUCGCGGGCGCGCAGUCCAGCCGAUUCCGAGGCUGGGGGAAACGCCAACUCACCGAUCCCCGGCGACCCCGGCCUCGGUCGUUGCAUGCGGGCGAGGGCACCGGCAACGGCGAUUUCGAGCGCCGGCGUCAACCCAUGCUGAGUGUGAGCGGCGGGGCGGCGUCGCCCGGACCCCGGCCGGUCGGCAAGGUCUACAUGGCGGCCAAGGCCCUCGAGCCCGACCCCGCCCAGCCGGCCUCGGCGCCGCUCCUGUCUUCGCUGUCGACAUCGACCACGUCGUCGUCAUCAUUGUCGUCAUCGUCGCUGUCCACAGCGAGUUUUGGACCCAAGUCGCCCACGGCCGCGGCCAAGCCACCGCAGAGCAUGCGCGAGCGGGUCCGCGCGGUGGUGGAGAAGCCGCGCUCCGGAUCCCUCGCCUCCAGCCAACCGCCCUCCCUCAUGCCCUCGCUCUCCUCGCCAGGCGGGCUCUCUUCGCCCCGGACCGCCUCGCCACGCCUCUCGUUGUCGUCGUCAUCGUCGUCGUCGUCGUCACCGUCACCGUCACGAUCGUCGUUUGCGUCAUCGUCGAGCGUGCCGAUCAACAAGAAGCGAGCGAUCACUGUGGGCCUGCCCGGUGCGAAGCGCGGCGGCGGCGGCGGCGGCGGCAGCAGCAAGGAGCCGCUCUCGGCCCGGGCGGACAACAGCUGGAUCACUCUCAACAGCGCCACCUCCAACGCCGCCGCUCUGUCAUCGCACAACCACCUGUACACGCACCACUACAGUGGGCGAGGCCGACAGCGCGCGCUCUCCAUAUCUUCGGCGGUGGUCGCACCGGUGAACCUGCGCAAGGCCACCUCCUCCGCGACCCUGUCCGCAAUCGCGCCGCGCGAUCUGAUCCCCAUGCACGCUGCGGCCAACUCGUUCUCGACGCCGCUGGCCGACUUCCGCGAGUCGCGCGACCGGCGGACCGACAACCGCGCGCAGCUCUGGGCGCGCCUCAAGGGUGGCGGCGGCGGCAGCGGCGGCAGUCACUCGUCCCUGCUCGCCGACGUCGCCAAUGAGACCGGACCCGAGGGCGUCAUUCUGCCCCUCAUCGGCCGCAAGCGCAGCUCCAACAGCAUCGGCAGCGGCGGCAGCGGCGGCUCCGAGAUACGGUCGGCCCGCAGCGGCCCCACGAUCCACAUGUCACAGAGCAGCAUCAUCACCGCCAGCGCCAGCGCGAGCCACAGCGGCGGCGGCAGCUCGGACCCUCAGGCUUUUAAGAAGGCGGAUGAGGUCAGCGAGGCGUUUCGGCGCACGCUCGAGUCGACCCCUGUGCCGCAGGUGGUCGACGACCGCCGGCGCAAGUGGUCGUUCAUGAGUCCGGGCGGCGGCGGCGGUGGUAGCGGUAUCGUCAGCCUCGCCGGCCGUGACCGCGAGCCCACGCGCAAGAAGACCGGCGGGAGCAUCAUCGGCGGGUUCAUGGGCGGCGGAAGUGGAGGCGGAGGCGGCGCGACACAGGAGGAAGGGGCCUCGCGAGGCGGGCGGAAGGGCAGCUGGAAGGCGAAGCUGGCGCCGCUCAUCGAGGUCUCCAACAGCAACUCCUCCAGUUCUCCCGUGUCACCUCUCGGCGGUCGAGGAGUGUCGUGCGUCACGCUCGGGACACGGCACGAUGGCGACUCGGUCUCGGUCGUGUCGCCCUCCUUCUACACGCCACCGCCCACCUCGUCGCCAGCGUCCGCGUCAUCGUCAUCGCUCUCGUUGUCGUCGCCCGGUUCGGGCUCGUCGGCGGCAGCGCCGCCGCUGGCGUCGACGUUGGCGGCCAACGCGCGGCGGAAGCGGGCCGAGGAGGACGCGGGAGUUGGUGUGGAGGCGCUGCGGCAGAUGCUGCGGGAGAAGGAGCAGGAGGCCGAGGAGGCCCGCAAGGUCAUGGAGGCCAAGCAGUACGAGGUACGCGAGCUCAAGGAACGCCUCUGGGAGAAGCUCAACUUUGUCGAAGAUUCAAUCUGA